AAACCAGACACAAAUCUGGAGGAAUACCGGAUGAGGGUCCAUCUCUUCGGAGCUGUUUCCUCUCCAAGCUGCGCAAACUUUGCAUUGUGAAGAACAGCUGAGGACAACUGUGGCAAAUUUGACGGAGAAGUGGCAGAAACAAUCAAAUCAAAUUUCUAUGUGGAUGAUUGCCUCAAGUCGCUAGCAAGAGAAAAUCAAGCUAUAAGCCUUAUUAGGUCUCUCAGAGAAAUGUGUUCCCUUGGUGGAUUCAAACUGACGAAAUGGAUAAGUAAUAGUCGAGUGGUGCUAGAAUCCAUCCCUGAUGAAGACAAGGCUAAACAGGUGAAAAACUUGGAUCUGGACAGGGAUAAGCUGCCACAUGAAAGAGCACUAGGGAUGUACUGGGACAUUGAAAAUGAUAUAUUCAGUUUCCGUGUGACUGUGAACAACAAAACCCUUACAAGAAGGAGUAUACUUUCCACUGUCAGCUCUGUGUACGAUCCUCUUGGUCUUCUCGCCCCUUUCAUAUUGAAGGCAAAGCAAAUAUUUCGAUUACUCUGUAAAGCCCAAUAUGGAUGGGAUGAAGAAAUUCAGGUGGAACUCUCAAAACCAUGGCAGAAAUGGCUCAAGGAUUUAGACCAGCUGGCCAGAUUCCAAAUUGACAGGUGUGUAAAACCCAAGAACUUUGGAAGAGUGAAAACUGCACAGCUACACACCUUUUGUGAUGCAAGUGAAGAAGGAUACGGUACCGCAAGUUACCUGAGAUUCACCAAUGACAUGGAGGAGGUACACGUAGCCUUUGUGAUGGGAAAAUCAAGAGUUACCCCACUAAAAGUCAUGACAAUUCCAAGGUUGGAACUCACUGCUGCUACAUUGGCUGCACGAAUGGACAAAAUGCUUCGAUCAGAGCUACAAGGAGAGCUUUUGGAAUCAGUAUUGUGGACUGACAGCCAGUCAGUACUGAAAUAUAUUCGAAACAGGACUAAGAGGUUCCACACUUUCGUGGCAAACCGGAUUGCUGUUAUUCAUAACCUCACAAAAGUGAACCAGUGGCGGUUUGUAGACACCAAAAACAACCCCGCUGAUGACGCUUCAAGAGGACUGAGCAUUGAAUCCUUUUACAGUUCAAAAGGAUGGCUUCAGGGUCCAGAAUUCUUGAAGAAAUCUGAAGCACAGUGGCCAAGUAUUCCAAAAGAACUUGGUUCUCUCCUUCCAGAUGACCCUGAAGUACGCAAAGAAGCAAUUGUCACCAGCAUUGUCACAUGUAAGAUGGAAAAAACUCCAACAAGUAAGCUCUUGGACUAUUAUUCUUCAUGGAAUGACCUAAAAAGAGCUGUUGCAUGGAUAAUGAAAUUAAAGACAAUCCUCCUGCAGAUGAGAGAAAAAAGAAAAGAUGACUCCACUGAUCUUGGAGCAAGGCAGGAUAAAGGAAAGAGACUGAAGGAUCAGAUGCUUCUGCUCAAUAUGCCUACAGCUAAUGCACUAAGACUUUCAGUAGAGGACACAGAAAAUGCUGAAAAAGCCAUUAUUUGCCACGAGCAGAGACAGCAUUUCAAAGAGGAAAUUGCCUUGCUGGAAAAAGGAAAACAGUGCAAUAGAGGAAGCUCCCUAUACAAGCUGGACCCUAUCAUUGAUGCCGGGCUUCUGAGAGUUGGAGGAAGAACUAGAAAGAUGGCUAUGCCAACUGAGGUCAAACAUCCAAUGAUUCUACCGAAACAUUCUAAUAUCUCCAAGUUGAUAUUAAGCCACAUCCAUAAUCAAGUUGGUCACUCAGGAAGAGGUCACAUGCUCUCCAAACUCCAUCAACGUUACUGGCUAUCCGCUGCUAACUCUUCAGCAAGGAGGAUCAUAAAGAACUGUGUGUUUUGCAGACGCCUACAGGCUAGAGCUGGAGAGCAGAAAAUGGCCGAUCUCCCACUUGAUCGAAUAACACCUGAUCUUCCACCUUUCACUCAUGUAGGCAUAGACUAUUUUGGACCCAUCGAGGUGAAACGUGGCCGAGCUCAUGUCAAAAGAUGGGGAGUAAUCUUUACCUGCCUGGUAAGCCAUGCUGUCCACCUGGAAGCUGCCAGUCAUUUGGAUACAGCUGCAUGCAUAAACGCUCUUCGUCGAUUCAUCUGUCGUCGUGGCACAAUAAAGAGCAUCAGAACAGAUCGAGGCACCAACUUCAUCGGCACACAAAAGGAACUGGAGGAGUCUGUAAAACAACUGGAUAACAACAAAAUCAAGCAAACACUACUCAAAGAAGGAAUUGAUUGGACAUUCAAUCCCCCCUCCGGAGCUCACCAUGGCGGAGUGUGGGAAAGGCUAAUACGACUGGUUAAAAAGAUCCUCCAUUCUGUCCUGAAGGAACAAACAUUGGAUGAUGAUGUUCUGCACACAGCCUUGUGUGAGGUUGAGGCAAUAAUGAACGAUAGGCCAAUCACAACAGUGACAAACGACCCAAACGACCUUGAACCCCUCACACCUAAUCACCUACUUCAGUUAAGAACAAAUCCAAUCUUGCCCCCCGGACUCUUUCAGAGAGAGGAUCUGUACUCACAGAGAAGAUGGAAACAGGUGCAGUACCUUGCUGACCUGUUUUGGAAGCGCUGGACCAGGGAAUAUCUUCCUUUGAUGCAAGAACGGCACAAAUGGAAUACUAUCAAAAGAAACUUCACCCCCGGAGACCUGGUCGUCAUCAUUGAUGAGAACGCACCGAGGAACACUUGGCUCCUGGGACGCGUAGUUAAGACCCUUCCUGGUUCAAAAGGACUUGUUAGGAGUGUCCUGGUUAAAACCAAGACAAGUACGAUCGAAAGACCCAUAACUAAGUUAUGUCUGCUCCUGGAGGCGACAGACUGAGCCUACUAAGCCUUAGCCUUUCAGUCACGUGCACCUCUGACUGUUAGACCAAAGGACUAGACUCUUGGUCUCCUACCCCCUCCCCAUCAAAGGCUGCCUUUUGAACGCAGACCAUUACAGACAAUUAGUACUAGACCUACACACUCCAGUACUAGUCUUACAUGGACUUGAAAGUAUACAAUAUACUAUGGACUUAAGUAUACAAAUAUGCUACGGAUGGACGUUAUGUUUUGUUAAAA